GGGUAAUGUCCUCUUUCCUUCAGGACAUAGUGAAGCACUAUGACUCGCUACGCAACUGACCCCGAAAAUCCCACCAAAUCCUGCAAGGCACGGGGUUCCAAUCUCCGUGUUCACUUCAAGAACACGAGAGAAACAGGAAUGGCUAUCAAGGGCAUGCACGUCCGUAAAGCUACGAGRUAUCUGAAGGAUGUUGUUGCCAAGAAGCAGCUUGUUCCAUUCAGGAGGUUUAAUGGMGGUGUUGGACGUAAAGCUCAGGCUAAGAAUCGCAAGGCRCCAGGAUCACAGGGUCGUUGGCCAAAGAAAAGUGCUGAGUUGUUGCUUCAGCUCUUAAAAAAUGCAGAAAGUAACGCUGAAUUCAAGGGAUUGGAUGUAGACUCACUUGUUGUUGAACACAUUCAAGUUAACGAAGCUCCUAGCAUGAGACGAAGAACAUACAGAGCUCACGGCAGAAUUAAUCCCUACAUGAGUUCUCCAUGCCAUGUUGAACUGAUCCUAUCUGAACGUGAACAAGUUGUCCCACGUGCCGAGGACGAGGUGGAGGUCAAGAAAGUCUCUAARAAGAAGAUGGCCAGAGAAAAGAUGAAGAAUCGAGAAUAAAUGUCAGAUGCAGCAGUGUAAAAAAUAAUAAAAAAUCUCACCUUGUUCUAUGA